UGAGGAGACACUGCCCUCGGAACAUUCUUCCGCAUCACAUCACAGGGAUCUCAGAGAGCCCAGCUACCGGCCAGCACCUCAAGGCCUGGCUGCAGAGGACACCAGGCAGAGAAACAACGGCCAGGCAGAGACGGCGAGGGGUCAGCAGAGCCAGGUCCUCACACACACAGGGACAGCUCGUCUGUCUCUGUCGCGCACACCCAGCAUGCAGACUGACGCCCCCACACAAUGACAGCGUUUCCAACAACCUGGCGCAGCCCCCUGACGGUUCAGCAUGCUGGCGCACACGCACACACACCAUCCACUGCCCCUCUGACCAGGACCCCCACCGGGAUGCCAGGCAGCUUGCCAGUCACGGGCCCCGCCAGCCCCCCCUCUUCUCCCGGGCUGGGUUUUUCCAGCCGAGCCUCGCUCCCUUUACUGCAAGCUCUGGAAAUUGGUGUCUGACGCGGCUGCUCCUGCACAUUAUUUAUUUAUUUCCUCUCUUCUGCCUGCUGAGACCCUCCCGUCAGGAGGCGAUCUGCAGUCCAGAGAAAAGCAGGCAUCCGCAGGGAGAGCCCCGGGGCAGAGAGGACGUUGGGGCGCAACACUCACACAUCCCUGCCUGCUCACCCCAGGGGGCUAUGAGCACUGGGCAGGAGGCCAGGAGACAUGAGGGAGACACCAGGAGGAGGGGACAGGAGGCUUCGCUUCAGGACCGAGCCCACCUGAGCCAGCAGCGCCGGCUCAAACAGGCCACCCAGUUCCUGCACAAGGAUUCGGCUGACCUGCUCCCCCUGGACAGCCUCAAGAGGCUUGGCACCUCCAAGGACCUGCCGCAUAGCGUGAUCCAAAGACGCCUGGUGGAGGGGAACCAGAGCCGGCUUUUGGGGGAAAACCCCGGGGUCCAGUCCUUGACCCGUGGCCAGGACAGCAGGAGCACCGGUGGGGCCCAGGUUCCAGCUCUUCUGGUCAGCUGCAAGUGCCGGGACCAGCUGCUCAGAGUGGCCGUGGACACAGGAACCCAGCACAACCAGAUCUCUGCUGGAUGCCUCAGGCGGCUGGGGCUAGGAAAGAGGGCCCCACAAACCCCAAGUGGGGACCUGGCACCUGGGCCCCCAAGCCAGGUGGAGCAGUUGGAGCUGCAGCUGGGACAGGAGACCGUGGCGUGCUCAGCCCACGUGGUGGAUGCGGACGGCCCUGAAUUCUGCCUGGGACUGCAGACCCUGCUGUCCCUCAAGUGCUGCAUCGACCUGGACCGUGGAGUGCUGCGGCUGAAAGCCCCCUUCUCGGAGCUGCCCUUCCUGCCUCUGUACCAAGAGCCUGGCCAGUGACCACUUGCCUUAGGGAAGGAUGAUGUGGAGGGCGGCACUCCCUGGGCAGGGAAGCCGGGGACUUCGGUGUCAGCACCUCUCUCACCACCCUCAAGACUUCCCACUGCAUGGGUUCGUGGCUCUGAGGUCCUGGGUUCCCUCCCGCAUCCCUCCCAAGAGGAGCACAGGCAGUCGUCACGGUUGCAGACAGGGACCCUCGCUGAACGGGCUCCAGGCUAACCCUGGCCCUGGGAGCCAAAGGUUGCAGUUACCUGCUGUCUUCACCUGCCCCAAGUCACACUGAGCACUCCUCUCAGGCCUCACCCAGCUCUCCCACCUCUCGCCUGGACUCAUUAUCCUCACACAGCCUGUAUCCUGUCCUGACUCUGCACAUGCUGCCCUAGCUGAGCAGCUGGGGUAGCAAAUGGGGUAACGCACGCAGGGCAGCCAAGGGGGGUUCAUACAGGAAGGUCCAGCCACUGCGCUCAGGGCUCUUAGCUGUCACCUUUCCUGUGCAGCAAACAUUUGAGUCAGCUGGGCCCCUGAACUCUGGGGGAGUGUGGAACAGCCCAUGGAGAACUGCCCCUAGAAGAGGGACUAGAGGGAGAAGCUGUUCUUUAUUAUUUCUGGAACUCUCCACCUCUGCUCUUCUGAGCUUGAGUUUGUCUUGUCCCAGAAGCAGUGGUUUCUGAGCUCCCUAUCAGCCUGGGACCCCAGACUCCCUGACUUCCUUCCUUGUGAAGAGAAGAAUCCAAACCUUCCCAGGCCAAGGUCCUGUGGGCUGGUCUGACUCUCAAAACCAUGUAGGAGUGGACAGAGACAGUGGUGGGACAAACCAGAACCGAAUGAACAGAUUCCUUAGGUGGAAACUAACUUCUGAACCUGUGGGUAAGUUAAGAGCAAAACCAGGCUACAAAGCCCGUGGGCUCAAUUUCCUCAAAAGGAGGGGUGGGGGGCUCACUUUCACAUGUGCCAUGUACCUGGUCUCAACCCAAGACUCCCUUUUCCUUACGGCCCUGCUUGGAACCUGUUCCUCCCCAACCAGCCUUCUGCUGCUUCUGUAACCAUGGAAUUGGGGGCAGGCAGGCACCCAGUCCGCUUUUUCAUUGGAAUAAAGACUUGUUUCUCUAA